GUCAUGGACUCUUACAAAUGUCAAUAUCCAUCAAAAUUUCGCGAAAUUAUUGUGUGCAACAAUUAAAAGAGCCUUAAAGGCAUUCAAUAGAAAAUCCUUAAAUUAUUUGCAAAAAUGCCAAAGAAAAUGGUAACAAAUUCAAAGGCGGUGGAGGCGCGUGAACGAAAACAAGCUGUGAAACAGGCCAAAAAUGAACGUGCUGCUAAGGAGGCAGAGGAUCGACUAUGGGCAGACAAUGAUAAAAAUUUGGCCAAGAAGCAACAAAGGCGUGAGGAAGAGGAGAAGAAACGGGCUGAGGCAAUAAGACGAAAGACGGAAGCAAAGGCGCUACUCGAUCAAGAAAUGUCAUCAAUUAAGACCCAGGGAAAACAACCACUUGCUAAGAUACAUCGGCAGCAAAUUCUGGAAGAAUUGGAAAAGAAGCAACGUGCUAUUGAUGCCAUUAACGCAGCUAAACCACAGUUGGGAGCACGUGUUGUUUUACCCGAACCAGUGAUCGAGGAAAAUCUAAAUCGUUCCAUGGCCGAUGUUGAAAUUGCAACAAAUGUCGAUCAGGCCUUGGCAGCACUGAGUGUGAAAGACAGCGAGGAGGACAAACAUCCAGAAAAGCGAAUGCGCGCUGCCUACAAAGCCUUCGAGACAGCCAAUAUGCCACGUAUCAAAGCGGAAAAUCCAUCAAUGCGUUUAUCGCAGUGGAAGCAAAUACUUAUGAAAGAAUGGAACAAAUCACCGGAAAAUCCAUUCAAUCAAGCACGCUGACCAUGAUAUCCGUUACAACAACAACAACCAAUGAAAUCACCCAUUUUGAACCUGUGAUUAUUUGACUGAUUUGCCAGAUUUAAUUUUGAAAUAUAGUCUGGAAAUUCACGGAUGCACUCUGGAUAGUGUUAAUUAUUUUAAUUGCUUGCACAUAAUCAACCUGCGAAUGUGGUAUAUGCCUAUUUAGUUAAAUUCUUUUAAUAAUUUAUGAUUUCAUUGAAAAAAAAUUUAAGAAGUAUGCAUUUCGUUUACUUUAAAUAUAUGAAAUAUUCAUAAAUAUUUAAACUAGCUAUAGAAUAUAGAA